CCAAUCCACAGUUUUGAGAUGUUCUCGCCAAUAAAGCAGACCCACACGAAAGCUGAAAACUUUCCGUAUCUCCAUUGCCCUAUCCCACCACCAAAUCUCCGUUGCUUCCCUUCUUCGAUACUCGCCUUUUCCUUCAAGAAAAGUUUAAGAUACAGAAUCGGCGUUUUUCAUUCAUUCUCUAGUUGCCCAUUUAUGCUCCGAGGGGUUUCGCAGCUGCAGUCUCGAUUUCACCGACUUGGGUAUUUGAGGCCUGAGGGAUUUUAAUAAGAGAGGUAGCCUGUGGAAUGGAAUGCAUCCAGCAGAAUAGCCGAGAUUGAACGAGCGAGACUUCCAAGUGGGAGAAGGAAAGAGAGGCUCGAUUGGGGAUUGGGAUUUGCUGAGGUGCCAAACUGAACAGCAGAAGGGACAAUGUCUUUGUUGUCAAAGUUAAGGUGUAUCACUGUGGAUGUCACGGGAACGUUAUUAGCUUACAAAGGCGAGCUUGGUGACUACUACUGCAUGGCAGCUAAAGCUGCUGGAAUGCCAUGCCCUGACUACAAACGUAUGCACCAGGGGUUCAAAGUUGCAUAUACAGAAAUGGCCAAGAAUUAUCCUUGUUUUGGGCAUGCAGCUAAAGUACCAAAUAUCGUUUGGUGGAAGACAUGCGUUCGAGACUCCUUUGCCAGGGCUGGAUAUGAUUAUGAUGAAGAGACAUUUGAGAAGAUAUUUAGGCGGAUAUAUGCUUCCUUCGGAUCAUCUGCACCUUACAAGAUCUUCCCGGACUCUCAGCCUUUCCUCAGGUGGGCACGUGAGAGCGGCGUCCUUGUUGGCAUUGUCAGCAAUGCUGAAUACCGUUACCAGGACGUGAUCCUGCCAGCCCUUGGUUUACACCAGGGAUCAGAGUGGGACUUUGGUGUGUUCUCGGGUAUUGUUGGGGUGGAGAAACCUGACCCUCGUAUCUAUGAAAUUGCGUUGGAAAGAGCUGGGAAAGAUAUUCGGCCAGAAGAAACAUUGCACAUUGGGGAUAGCAUGCGAAAGGACUACUUGCCUGCAAAGAAGGUGGGGAUGAAUGCAGUGCUACUGGAUCGAUUCAAUAUUCCAGAUGCUGAGGAAUGGAAGAAAGCUGGUGCACCUGUGUUUCCUGACCUUGUGGCUGUACAGGAAUAUCUCACUUCUGCCUCCUGACCUGACUGACUGACUGGACCGACUUCUAACGGGGUUUCGUUUGUUUCACCAACCCGAAAAGCACCUCUGUUGUAUGAUCUCUUCCCGUUUUAUUCAGAAUGAACAUGGAAAUUAGAAGGGGCUGAUGCAUGGGAAGUGAAAUGCAGGUUGUUGCAUGUUCACGAAUCUUGUAUAUGCCUGCACAAGCUCUAGUUUCAGUUUCACACAUAUGUUGUGAGAAAUCUGGGGUUUGAAAGCUGAAAUGGCAAUUUCUUUCUAAUCUAAAUGUGUAUGCGUU